GUGUGCUGUCCCUCCGUCCUUGAGCUUAAGCAUCCAUGGCUUCUCUUCCUCCUCCCCCGUCCGACGGCAUUGGCAUUGCCAACCUCCCCAACCAGCGACACAAGAUUGUCGCAAAGCGCGGGGCGCACUUCACCGUGAUGGUCGUUGGGGAGUCUGGCCUUGGAAAGACCACCCUCGUCAAUACGCUCUUCUCGACCGAGCUCUCUCCGCCCAAGAGCUACAGCCGCCGGCACCACAAGCAGCUCGACAAGCUCACCGAGGUCGAGAUCAUCAAGGCCGAGCUUGAAGAGAAGCAGUUCAAGACGAAGCUCACCGUCAUCGACACCCCAGGUUUCGGCGACUACGUCAACAACCGCGACUCCUGGGCGCCCAUCGUCGACUUCAUUGACGAUCAGCAUGAGGCGUAUAUGCGCCAGGAGCAGCAGCCCCAGAGGAAGGACAAGAUUGACCUCCGCGUGCACGCGUGCCUGUACUUCAUCCGCCCGACAGGGCACACGCUCAAGCCCCUCGAUAUUGAGAUCAUGAAGCGUCUUGGAAGCCGUGUCAACCUCAUCCCAGUCGUCGCCAAGGCUGACACGCUCACUCAGAAUGACCUGUUCACGUUCAAGCAGCGCAUUCGGGAGGUCAUUCAAAUUCAGGGCAUCCGCAUCUACCAGCCGCCCAUCGAGCCUGACGACGAGGCCGCCGCCGAGCACGCGCGCAUUCUGUCCGAGGCUAUGCCGUUCUCCAUCAUUGGCUCGACUGAGGACGUGACCACCGCGGAUGGCCGCGUCGUCAAGGGUCGCGAGUAUCUCUGGGGUGUUGCUGAAGUUGAGAACGAGAACCACUGCGACUUCCGCAAGCUGCGCUCGCUGCUGAUCCGCACGCACAUGCUCGACCUGAUCUCGACGACAGAGGACCUGCACUACGAGAACUACCGCCAGGGCCAGAUGGAGACGCGCAAGCCGGGCGAGAGCAAGCCGCGCAAGUUCGAGAACCCCAAGUUCAAGGAAGAGGAGGAGCAGCUGCGCAAGCGCUUCACGGAGCAGGUCAAGGCCGAGGAGGCGCGCUUCAGGCAAUGGGAGCAGCACCUCAUCCAGGAGCGCGACCGCCUCAACAAGGACCUCGAGCUGGCGCACAGCGCGAUCAAGUCACUCGAGGCCGAGCUGGACAACCUUCAGGUCGGCUACGGCCGCGGCACCAACAGGCGGUAGAGGGUCGUGCUAUGCUCCGGACGUUCAUUUGCCUGCAAAAACGCUAUCUAUCUCGUGAUACCCUGACGUAUGUCCGUCUAUCUGUCCCUCGUUCGGUUGGCUUUUUGCGUGUUCUGUUGUUUCGUCGUCCCUCCUUACAUACCAGUUCUCGAUGCGGAUAAUAUAAAGCCUUCUACAUGUGUAAA